AUGAGACACUUCAAGAACCAAAUCGGUUGGGCCCUUACCACCGGGGCCCUGGCACCAAUGUCUGUCCUGGCUCAUCCUACCAAGCCGGGCGGCAAGUUUGCAGCACCAGUGACUCUUCCCCUUACCUGGGCCGAGAGCACGCUGUACCGUCCCGGUCUUUGGAUGAUGGAUGUAGCAGUGGGCACUCCGCCACAGAUCCAGGCUCUGACUUUCGACACGGACUUUGCCGAUAUUGAGGUUCACAGCGCAAGCGAUGGUAACUUUACAGAGGCUUGCAAGACUCAAAUCCCAUCAUUCUGUUCUACAUACAAUGUUAGUGCCUCAAGCUCGUUUAAAUCUCUCGGCAAAGGCACAUACCACUUUGACUCUGAGCUUUUUGGCAUCCCAGAGGAUGGAGACUACAGCACUGAAGUCCUUCAUCUGGGGGGUGUCGCAAUCAAGAACCAGACAUUUGGCUAUACGACGUCUAGUCGCGAACCAUACGGCAACUUUGGCCUCAGUCCACCAAACAACGAGAUCGGAGUCAUCACAAACACUUUCCCGCAGUACCCAACUUACUUGGAAUCUCUUGUGCUCCAAGGGAUCUACGAAAACGCCUGUUUCAGCGUGUGGCUUGAUCCUCAUUAUCCAUGCGAGGGCUUCGAGGAUAUUCCAGACGGAGAGGUGACGUUUGGCGGCAUCGACACGGGCAAGUUCAAGGGCGACCUCGUGACUUUUCCAGUUCAAGGCAAGGUUAACGGCUCUGCUAUGGCGGCUCACUGGGACUUGUCACUUACGAGCAUCACACACGGCGACUCCAAGACGAACCUCGCUGAAGAGCCCGCCGACUGUGUCGUGUCUAUGGGCGAUGGCCAACUGUACCUACCAGACGACGUCUACCGUAACCUUGCCAUGUCAAUUCCAGGUGCCUUUUUGAACGAAUCGAUUGGUUUCUACGAGGUGCCGUGCGAGGCGAAGAACGACCCAACCAAUACAUGGACGGUCGGUUUCACGUCGCCGAAAACGCCAGCUCAUCCCAAGGGACAGGAAAUCUCCAUCGACAUUCCCGUGCAAGGCGUCAUUUGGCCCAUGAGCGCCAUCUUUGGCCCGACUGCAGACCCAGACACAUGCACUAUUGCGGCACAAGGCCCUUAUCUUGGAUCUGCAUGCAUUGUGGGUUGGACCAUGACGAAGUUUGGCUACUGGGUUUUCGACUUGUACAAUGGGGAGAUUAGUUUUGCUCCGCCAGCUGCCAAGGGCGAGAAGAAGAGCCAUGUCGUUCCACUUCCCAAGAACGGCGUCACUGCCCUCAAUCUUCGGUCUUAA